CACUCGUGUCAGUACUCGAUGGCGGCCGAGACGUGCCCACGAGCCAAGCCGUCUAUGGCUUAGACGUCGUCGUCGUCGCCGCCGCCGUCGUCGUCGCCGUCGCCGUCGUCGUCGUCGUCGUCGUCGUCGCCGCCGCCGCCGUCGUCGUCGUCGCCGUCGUCGUUGCCGCUGCCGUUAUUGUGGCCGUCGCCGUCGUCGUCGUCGUCGCCGUCGCCGUCGUCGUCGUCGUCGUCGUCGUCGCCGCCGUCGUCGCCGUCGUCACAUUUUCAAUUAUCGUCAAAAUCCGACGAUUCUCUCACGAAAUCUGCGUACGUCUGUAAUCGCCGUCCUGUCUGUCGGUGAAGAAGCGUAUUCACCGUCUCGAGAUCACGCGUACUACUCACAUAUACCCCACUCCUUUAAUUUCUCGUCUCGUGUAUGUGCUUAUUACGAGGAUUCCCGUUUGGUGCGACGAGUCGGCGUUGUGUGUGGUGCGUGCGUGCGUGAGAGUGCGUGCGUGCGUGCGUGCAUGGCUUGUGUAUCGUGAAGCUUAUAAGCAAAUCGUCAACGUUCCGACAGUAAAGGAAAAAAAGAAAAAAGAAAAGAGAAAAAGAAAGGAAAAAGAGGAAAGAAAGAGGCCGACGAGAAAGAGAAAGUGCCAAACGCGAUGUGCAAGCGCAACCGCUCGAAUCGUCGCUCGGGCUCGAGUUGACCCUUCAAAGGAUGGACCUCCUCUUCCUCCAGUUUGAUCGAAGAAACGCAUCGCCGUCGUGGCAUUGGUAAACACGACCUCUACCGUUUACAAAAACAAUUUCUAGUCUGCGCAGCUCUCAGUCUGUCAGGAUUCUAUAUACUGCCUACCUAUUCCAACCCCCUUCUAUUGAUGCUGCGUCAGUCCUGGCCAGGAAGCUGCCAUAGCUCAGUUUACUGCGAGCAGUGCUAUCGAUGAUAUCAUAUGAAGGAUAGAACAAGCAUUUUAUUAGACAACAAUUUAUAAUAGAUCUUAUACCAAACUUAUAACGGAUCCUAUUAAGCUUGUGUAUAUUUCAAGCCUGCCUACAGAGGGUAGCCGACAAAAUGAUGGUGCGCAGUCCAAUAGAGGGGUAUGCGGAGUGGUGGUUCUUGAUGCGCAGACUGCUAGAAGAUUUGGAAUAAUCAUGUCCACUAAGAGACGCCGUGGGCCACAAUUAAUCUUAGAUAAUAAAAUAGUACGUGAUGGCUACAACAGAUAGGAUGAGUGGAUCUCGGCAAAACGAAUCACGUUGCUUCAAUGAAAACUCUCCAAGGCCACCAGUGCCUGGAGAGGAAACAGGAGGCCAUGUAAGUAGGUUCCGUCCACAGAGUCCAGCUCUGACCCCUAGACGUUCUUCUUUAGCAACACCAACAGCAUUGGGUUCUUGCGAUGCUUCUGCACCAUUGGGUUUUGAGCCAGAAGGUUGCUGCGGAACCACCACUAUGGAGUGUGACUCGUCUCCUCCUUGUUUACGGUGGGCCAGGAACCUGCAUUCCUUACUGCAGGAUUCGGUUGGUCUGGAACUGUUUAGAAAGUACCUGGAUCAAGAAGGCAAACCACAUGCGAAUCCGCUUAAUUUUUGGUUUGCCUGUGAAGGCCUCAAAGAACAAAGCGAUCCAGAUAGAAUUAACCAGUUGGUUAAGCUUAUUUACAGAAAAUUUUUUCUCAAGUCUCAGCUAGCCAUACCAGAAGAUGUAAGAAAAGAGGCUAAUCGUCGUGUAAAAGAAGGCAGAGUAGAUGAGAAAGUUUUUGAUGCUGUACAAUUAGAAGUGGAACGUCUCAUCAAUGAGACUACGUAUCCAAACUUCCUUCGAUCAGAAAUGUAUCUUCAAUAUGUACAGUCUUGCCAAAAUCCAGACUCUGGUGGAUGCCCAAGCUCUGGUUCUAGUCGAGAAAUGUCUGUUUCCUGUGGACCAAGCUUGCUACCUACUGUACACGAGGACAGUGAAUUUGUUACCUCUGUACACAGCUCGCAUUCAGCGAGCGAGACGCCUGGAGAAUUGAGAAGCGAGCUAAGGCUAACCAAAGAUGUGUUGAUAGCUACUCAACAGACUAGAGCAAUGGAUGUGCGGCCUAAGCCAGAAGCGUGUGCUGGCAUUUAUUUGCAACAUGGAGCUAGUCCGUAUCAUAUGCUCGUACCCAGACUGCACACACAAUACUCUUCCUACAACCCAGUGUCCAGACAAGAUUCAGAACUCCAAAGCUUAAGCAGUGAUGCACGAACUGAAUCAGACAAUAUAUCUAUCACCGAUUCAUCUGUCGAUGGAAUGUCGAUGGGCAGACAACGUAGUAAAAAACAAUAUUCAAGACAAUCUAGAGGAAUGAAGGAAUUAGCCAAUUUAAAUCGCGAUCCAAUGGCACAUCAUGUCAUCAUACCUCGAACACAACGGGUACCACGAGAUCUCACGCAACCUUUGAAGCCAGAAGAGUUUGCGCAGGUUCUUAUAGAAAGAUUGGAAAGCGUCAAACGAGAGAGAGAAACACAAGAAAAACUUGAUCGUCAUCUACAAGAAAGCGAAUUACUUAGUAUAGAUACUUCCACGGAAGCCUUACCUAGUAAUAGUGCUCCUAAAGCACUUGCUGAUGCUCUAAGAGAAAAAUUAUCAACAGACGAAGAUAGUGAUCAGGCGAUUUUAGAUCAGCACGUGUCAAGAGUUUGGUCGGAUUUAACACCUUCCAGAUCUCCUGGUCUUUUAUCACCUAGAACGCAUUCACCUGAAAGAAGGCGUCCCAUGCAUAGUUACCCACGAUCGUACAAACAAAGGAAAGAAAAGGACGUAUUUUCUACUUUCUCAGCAGACAGUGGGAAUAUUCACGACUUUCCAGAAGGUAGUGAGCUUGUUCAUGAAUUUGGUUACUUUCCUAAAUCAAAAUCCGUUCCAUCCGAUUAUGCAGAUUCCCUCCAUAAACAGGAUCUUUAUCUUCAAGCUCAUGAUCAAAGAUUUAGAAGAUUAGAUAUGACAAGAAGAUCCUCUACAAAGAAAUCAAUGACAGAGUUAACGGACAGCGGUGUGAGCGUUGUAAGCGAUGUUCCACCGUUGAAUGUGUGCAAAGAUACUCGUCUAUUAUCGUGGUUGAAGGAGACAGAUAAGAAAGCGGAUAUUAAGCAUAGCCGGCAUGGCAAAAAAUACGGAUCUAGAAGUGGUUCCUUGGAACGAACAAGUAGGGAAAGUUGGGGUGUACCUGCGCAACCAUUUGUUGCGGAUCCUGGAAUGCCUCCCCUACCACAACCACAUACGGCAACUCAGUUAGAAGAGGCACGAAGAAGGUUGUUAGCGGAGGAAGAAAGGGUACGCGGUUGUUGCAAACAACGACAUGCAAGUACAUCGAAACAAGCACAUGAUCCUACUGUACAGAGCCAGUGUUGCAAUCAAUCGAAUCAAUCUACGUUAAAAAAGACUAGACAAGAUGCUGGAGAUUUCACCACCGUUGUGUUCAGUUUCUGUGACGAGCAAUUCCCUUAUCGAACCAAAAUUCCUGGUCGUAACGUCACGUUAAAACAGUUUAAGGAAUACCUUCCGAAAAAGGGCAGUUAUCGAUAUUUCUUUAAAACCGAGUGCGAAGACUUAGACGUAAAAGUUAUACAGGAAGAAAUAACAGAUGAUUCUGAGAUUCUGCCAUUGUGGGAAGGCAAAGUGAUGGCACAAGUUAAGACGCUUGAGUGAUAGACUGAUAAAGCAUAUGUUGAGCAAAGAUUGUCUUAACCCAUCGGCUUACCUAAUCGUCAGAUUGACGGGGUCACCUUCGUGUGCCUUGAAUUAACCUAGUCGUAGAUUUGAGGAAUUUAUUUGCGACGAUAAGGCCAUAUCCGAUGGUCUAUAUAAGCUACUAUCACUAUUUUUGCAUUUAAGAAUUCUUUAUCCGCUGCUUCUUUAAUUUAGAAAUAUUGUAUAUUAUAUAAAAAUCAGUUUAUGUACUGUAGAAAAAAAGAAAAAAAAAAAAAAAAAGAAUAGAAACCGGCUUCCUAUCUUGUCGCUUGAUAGCCAUUAUCUUGUGGCUAAACAGUAUCGAUAUUUUUUUUUUUUUUUUUUCUUAUUGUUUUAAUUUUCGAUUCCUCUUUUAAGCUUACGCCAUAUACGUGUAUAGUUUGGACAGAGUGAGAGAGAGAGAGAAAGAGCGAGAGCGAGAGAGAGAGAGAGAGAGAGAGAGAGAGAGAGAGAGAGAGAGAGAGAGAGAGAGAGAGACCGUUCCCGAAAUAUAUCUUUUCCUACUUCCAAUGGCCUAUAAAAUUGUGUUCGCAUAAUUGUCAUUGAUAUAAAGUAUAGGUUUUUCGAUGAAAGAAUUAGAAAAAUAAUUCAUUAGAUAUUUGAUUAUUAUCAUUCUCGCAUCGUCAUCCGAAUCUCCGAAUUUUCUCACUCCUAAUAAUAAUUGUAUUUAUCUAAGAAGGAAAUAAUUUUUACACGAAAUGAGCGUCUUCCACGAAAUAUUGCUAAUGAUUCUCUUUUAUGACAAUGUUUUUUAUUGCAAAUCUAAAGAAAUAAGAAGAAAAAAAACUUCCUAAUUGCACGGCCUGUCAUAUACUUAAUAAUUUUAUGCAAAGAACGAAAAAGGAAAAAAAAAGAAAAAGAAAAAAAAAAUAACAAAAGAAGUAUUUUUAUUCUGCCUAUAUUCGUCGUAUAUUAUACAUGAUGUAUUUAUUGUA